UGGAUGGAUGGAUGGAUGGAUGGAUGGAUGGAUGGAUGGAUGGAUGGAUGGAUGGAUGGAUGGAUGGAUGGAUGAGCUUGUUUUUGAUAUGAGCCUUGACUCCAGCUAUACUCCAUUCGAAUGGAUGAUCCUCACCACCAUCAUUGCAAACUGCAUUGUCCUGGCUCUAGAACAGCACCUUCCUGAAGGAGACAAGACACCUCUUUCUGAAAGACUGGAAGAGACAGAGCCCUACUUUAUAGCCAUCUUCUGUUUUGAGUCGGGGAUAAAGAUCCUGGCUCUGGGAUUUGCGUUACACAAGGGCUCCUAUCUGAGGAAUGGCUGGAACGUUAUGGACUUUGUGGUCGUGCUCACUGGGAUCUUGUCGUCUGUGGGGUCUCAACUUGAUCUUAGAACACUUCGAGCUGUGAGGGUGCUGCGACCACUAAAACUAGUGUCUGGGAUUCCCAGCCUACAGGUGGUGCUCAAGUCCAUUAUGAAGGCCAUGAUCCCCCUGCUGCAGAUUGGCCUGCUGUUGUUUGUGGCUAUCCUCAUGUUCGCCAUCAUCGGCCUGGAGUUCUACAUGGGAAAAUUCCACACAACCUGCUAUGAUGACGGAACAAAUGAUUUAGUGGAUGAUCUGCCAUGUGGCAAUAAAACUCCUUCCCGAUUAUGCCCUAAUGGCACUACAUGUCGUCCUGACUGGAUUGGACCAAAUUAUGGCAUCACUCAGUUUGACAACAUCCUGUUUGCUGUUCUCACCGUCUUCCAGUGCAUUACCAUGGAAGGAUGGACAGACAUGCUCUACUACAGUAAUGAUGUGGAGGGCAGCACCUGGAACUGGAUGUAUUACAUCCCCCUCAUCAUCAUCGGCUCCUUCUUCAUGCUCAACCUGGUGCUGGGUGUACUCUCAGGUGAAUUUGCCAAAGAGAGGGAACGAGUGGAAAACAGGAGCGAGUUCCUCAAGCUGAGGCGACAGCAGCAGAUAGAGAGAGAGCUCAACGGAUACUUGGAGUGGAUCUGCAAAGCGGAGGAGGUGAUUCUGGCUGAGGAAGAUGCGACAGGAAACUUUGAUGGUUCGAGGAGGCGUCCAACCAUCAAAACCCGAAAUAACAAAACAGAGCUGCUAAACCAAGAAGAAGGAGAAGACAAUAUGGGGGAUGCAGUGGGUUUUGCACGCUCUAGUAUAAAAAGUGGUAAAGAUGGCUCCGCUUACAGUAAGAAAGAGAGACGAAUGCGAUUCUUUAUCCGUAAGAUGGUGAAGACGCAGGCCUUUUAUUGGACGGUGCUCUGCCUGGUGGGCCUCAACACCAUCUGUGUGGCUGUGGUGCAUUAUGACCAGCCUGAGCUUCUCUCAGACUUUCUCUUCUAUGCAGAGUUUAUCUUCCUUGGUUUGUUCAUGUCUGAGAUGCUGAUCAAGAUGUAUGGUCUGGGCAUCCAGCCCUACUUCCACUCUUCGUUCAACUGCUUCGACUGUGUGGUGAUUGUCGGCAGCAUCUUUGAAGUCGUGUGGGCCACCGUAAAACCCGGCACGUCUUUUGGGAUCAGUGUGUUACGAGCUCUGAGACUGCUACGCAUCUUCAAAGUCACCAAGUAUUGGGCACCACUUCGGAACCUGGUGGUUUCUCUCCUUAACUCCAUGAAAUCCAUCGUCAGUUUGCUUUUCCUCCUCUUCCUCUUCAUUGUGGUUUUUGCCCUGUUGGGGAUGCAACUCUUUGGCGGACAAUUCAACUUUGAAAGUGGAACUCCGCCCACUAAUUUUGACACAUUUGCAGCCGCAAUCAUGACAGUGUUUCAGAUCCUAACAGGAGAGGACUGGAAUGUGGUAAUGUACGACGGCAUUGAGUCCCAGGGAGGAGUGAACAACAAAGGGAUGGUCUUCUCCAUAUUUUUCAUUGUUCUGACGCUCUUUGGCAACUACACUUUGCUGAAUGUCUUUUUGGCCAUCGCUGUUGACAAUUUGGCCAAUGCCCAGGAGCUCACCAAGGACGAGGAAGAACAGGAAGAGGCUGCUAAUCAAAAGACGGCUCUACAGAAGGCGAAGGAGGUGGCUGAGGUCAGCCCGCUGUCUGCUGCCAACCUGUCUAUUGCUGCCAAGGAGCAGCAGAAGAACCACACUAAGAACAAUAAGUCUGUGUGGGAGCAAAGAACGAGCGAGAUUCGGCGGCAGAACCUGAUGACGAGCCGAGAGGCACUCUACAACGAGCUGGAGCAGGAUGACUGGAAGGUGGGAGGGGAAGGAGAGGAGGUGUCCUACCCACGGAAAGGACGCGGUGACAUGAAAACACACACGGACAGGCCACUGGUGGUGAACCCACAGGACAAUCGCAACAACAACACCAACAAAACCCAACCUGGUGAGCUGCCUCUGGACCAGCAUUAUCGACGCCAGGACAUUGACCACUGUCGUCGAGCUGCUCACUACUGCAACUACCACCAUCACCGCCAUCAGAAAGCCUCUGGCCCAAACAGUGGAGAUGCAUCCCAGCUAACAGAGACUCACAUGGAGCACGGUUUCAGCUGCACUUCUCUGAGUAACAUAGAAGGGAGUGUCCACCAGGACGAGGAGAGGCACAGCCAUCGGAGCCGUCGAGGCCACCGGCACAGGAACAGGGAACACGGGGAAGCUUACAGCAGCGUGUCGCCACACCUGAGUGAGGGUGGAGAGGGGAACAUCGAGCAGAGGCAGUCCAGACUGCACUGCAGGACAGGCAGUGAGGGGGAGGAGGGAAGAAGACACCACUGUAGGGGUACAGGGGGAGAAGGGGACAAAAGUGAAGAAGACGGAUGUCGGAAGACUAGACGGCAUCGCCAUGGCAACCACGUAAAAUGCAGAGGUCAUCGCACCAGAAAGGAGCACCACAGCGAUGGUCCCAGCCUCUCCACCACACGACCCAUACAGCAGUACAACGAGGACCUUGACAACUUCCGCAACAACAGCAAGCUGGCCAGUGCCCACGAACACCCCUACGCCCUCCCACCUGAUCACCCAGACCACCCUGACCACCUUCACAACCUACUGAACUUCCAUGAUGCUGACACCUACACCCUGCUUCACAGCAUGGACAGCCUGAUCCUGACCAGCAUGGCCAAACCCAACUACACAGCAAUAGACAUGCCCCCUGUCUACCCGUACCCCUCAACCAACGCUAUCUUACAAGUGAACAAGAAUGCCAACACUGACCAGAAAAAGAGCGAGGAAAAGAAAGAGGAAGAGGACGAGGGGGAAGAUGAAGAUGGCCCUAAACGCAUGCCUCCCUACAGUUCCUGCUUCAUAUUGUCUACCACCAACUCGUUUCGAAGGUGCUGCCAUUACAUCCUGACUCUAAAGUAUUUUGAGUUCAGCAUCCUGUCCGUCAUUGCCAUGAGCAGCAUCGCCCUCGCUGCAGAAGACCCUGUCAAGCCUGACUCAACACGAAACAAUGUGCUGCGUUAUUUUGACUACGUUUUCACAGGUGUCUUCACAUUUGAAAUGCUGAUAAAGAUGGUGGUGCUGGGCUUGUUUCUCCACCAAGGAUCUUACUUUCGUGACUUGUGGAACAUUCUGGACUUUAUAGUGGUUAGUGGUGCUCUGGUGGCCUUCGCCUUCACGGGGAGCAGCAAAGGCAAAGACAUCAGUACAAUCAAAUCCCUUCGAGUGCUGAGGGUGUUACGUCCACUCAAGACCAUCAAGCGUCUCCCCAAGUUAAAGGCAGUCUUUGACUGCGUGGUGAACUCUCUGAAGAACGUUUUGAACAUCUUGAUCGUCUACAUGCUCUUCAUGUUCAUCUUCGCUGUUGUGGCUGUGCAGCUGUUUAAGGGCCGUUUCUUCUACUGCACCGAUGAAUCCAAAGAGUUUGAACGAGACUGCAGAGGCGAGUUUUUAGUUUAUGAUAAAGAUGACGUAAAAGCAGAAAAGCGGGAAUGGAAGAAGUACGAUUUCCACUACGACAACGUGGCUUGGGCCUUGCUCACCCUCUUCACAGUCUCCACUGGAGAGGGGUGGCCACAGGUGUUAAAGCAUUCGGUGGACUCUACUUUUGAGGACCAGGGCCCGAGCCCAGGAUACAGGAUGGAAAUGUCCAUCUUUUACGUGGUGUACUUCGUUGUCUUCCCUUUCUUCUUUGUAAACAUCUUUGUGGCUCUCAUCAUCAUCACCUUCCAGGAACAGGGGGAUAAGAUGAUGGAAGACUACAGCCUAGAAAAAAAUGAAAGAGCCUGUAUAGAUUUUGCUAUUAAUGCCAAGCCUCUGACUCGCCACAUGCCAAAGAACAAACUUAGUUUUCAGUAUCGCAUGUGGCACUUUGUUGUAUCGCCUCCCUUUGAGUACAGCAUCAUGGCUCUGAUUGCACUGAACACCAUUGUCCUUAUGAUGAAGUUUCAAGGUGCAUCUGCAAAUUACGAUGAUGUCCUGAAGUACCUAAACAUUGUGUUCAGCAUUUUCUUCUUUAUGGAAUCCAUACUGAAAAUCAUUGCUUUUAGUCCUCUGAAUUACUUCAGAGAUGCCUGGAAUGUUUUUGAUUUUGUCUCAGUCAUCGGAAGCAUCACUGACAUAUUAGUGACAGAGUUUUGGAAUAAUUUCAUCAAUUUAAGCUUUCUGAGGCUGUUCAGAGCAGCUCGUCUCAUAAAGCUCCUGAGGCAGGGGGAAACUAUCCGCAUUCUUCUGUGGACAUUUGUCCAGUCCUUCAAGGCGUUGCCAUACGUGUGUCUACUCAUUGCCAUGCUCUUCUUCAUCUACGCCAUCAUCGGCAUGCAGUUGUUUGGAAACAUAGCGCUAGAUGAGGAAGAAGGCAGUGCCAUCAAUGAACAUAAUAACUUCAGAACCUUUAUAAUGGCCCUCAUGCUGCUGUUUAGGAGCGCUACGGGCGAAGCGUGGCACGACAUUAUGCUGUCUUGCCUGGGUGAGAAGAAAUGUGACCCGGACUCAGGAAACACAGGGAAAGAAUGUGGCAGCACCUUUGCCUACACCUACUUUGUCUCCUUUAUUUUCCUCUGCUCCUUUUUGAUGCUGAAUCUCUUUGUGGCUGUCAUCAUGGACAAUUUUGAGUAUCUGACCAGAGACUCCUCCAUUCUGGGUCCGCACCAUUUGGACGAGUACGUCAGGAUAUGGGCUGAGUACGACCCCGCCGCUUGCGGCCGGAUCAGUUACACAGACAUGUAUCAGAUGCUAAGACACAUGUGUCCGCCGCUAGGCCUCGGGAAGAGGUGUCCCGCCCGGGUCGCCUAUAAGAGGCUGCUUCGGAUGGAUCUGCCUGUUGCCGAUGACAACUCUGUGCAUUUUAACUCCACCCUCAUGGCUCUGAUCAGGACGGCUCUGGACAUAAAAAUUGCCAAGGGUGGUGCAGACAAGCACCAGAUGGACGCAGAGCUGAGAAAGGAGAUGAUGGCUAUCUGGCCAAAUUUAUCGCAGAAGACGCUGGACCUGCUGGUCACGCCACACAAGGCAGCCACAGACUUGACGGUUGGCAAAAUCUACGCUGCAAUGAUGAUCAUGGAAUACUACCGCCAGAGCAAGACAAAAAAGCUGCAGGCCCUGCGGGAAGAACAGAACCGAACGCCAUUAAUGUUUCAGCGCAUGGAGCCGCCCCCUGAGGGAGGGGGCACAGAGGGCCAGGUAGGGCAGAGCCAGAACGGCCUCCCCAACACCCAGCCAGACAACAUCAACAGCAUACCUCCAGAAGGUGGGAUGACUGAGAGUCAAUCAUGGAUGACAGCCAAAGCCCAGGAAAUGUUCCAAAAGACGGGUAACUGGAGCCCUGACAGAGCGUACCCCGAUGACCUCUACGAGAACCGCCACAACCCCCAGACUGUAGAGAUGAGGGAGUUGGGGCGGGACGGGUACUCCGACACUGAGCCCUAUCACCCAAUGGAUGGGCAUGGGCGGACCCUUUCCAUGCCCCGCCUCUCGGCAGACAACCAACGGAGGAGACACAGACCUCGUGGAAAUAACCUCAGUACCAUCACGGACACCAGUCCAAUGCGCCACUCCACUUCCAGCCUGGUCCACGGGCGUUCGGGCCGUGGGGUGAGGCUGGACGACUACUCCCUGGAGAGGGUGGUGUCUGAGGAGGGGAGGCACGGAGGAGGACGCAGGCAGAGGGACAGGAGUCACCGCACGUCACAGCGAUCCCUCACCAGAUACACAGAUGCAGACACGGGUCUGGGAACAGACCUCAGCACAACCACACAAUCGGGUGACCUGCCUCCAAAGGAGCGCGAACGCGACCGAGGCCGCACCAAGGACCGGCGCCACCACCAUCACCACCAUCGUCAUCACAGCUCAAUGGACAAGGAGCGUUACGGCCCUGAACGCCAUGACUACCCACACAGACAUCCCCACGACCGCCACUGGUCACGGUCACCUAGUGAAGGGCCUGAUGGAAGAGGUCACCGACAGGGCAGUAGUUCGGUAAGCGGCAGCCCGGUCCCAUCCACCUCGGGGACCAGUACCCCACGGAGAGGCCGUCGCCAGCUGCCCCAGACCCCUGCUGUUCCACGUCCACAUGUCACCUACUCCCCCGCCGUCCGCAAGCCCAUCUAUGGCCCCCCAGGCUCAGGCCGAUUGCGCUCGCCUUCCCCUCGACACUUCUCCCCGCCUGAUCACGACAGAGGUUACCACCGACCCCCAUCUCGCCAUGCCUCACCGCACCACGGCGGAUCCUCGUCCAGGCACGGUUCGCCUCGCUCACCCCGCCACCAGUCCCCACACUCGCCUCUCCACGAGUCACCCAGGUCCCCUCACCGGAGCCGCUGGAGCGGGCCUCCACCCGGCGACAGCCUAGAGGGUGAUGGGCCCUUCUAUGAGCGGGAUUUUGAGUACGAGCGUCACCACGAGCCUCCUGCCUACGAGCAGAGCCUCUCCCAUGGCAAUCCUCAUCCACAUGGAGGAAAUCCUCACCCACACCCACGCUCACCUAGGACUGCCCGCCAUGGGCCCCCUCCACCCCCACACCCACGGAGGGUACCAAAUGGCUACCGGUCAUCCUCACCUUCUCCACAUAGGCGGGGACCGCCGGGAGCACCCCAUCCACACCACCGGCCUCCACAUGAUAGAAGGCCUCGCAAAGGCCUGCAUGAACCUUACAGUGAGACGGAUGAGGAUGACUGGUGCUAGCGACCGUAGAGUUUAGGCAAAACAGACCACAGAGAAGAACCACUUCCUCCAGUGCUCUGGCCAGUGGUAUGAAAACUUUCAAAAAAUCAGUGAUGGGGAGGGUUGGACAAGCUCAAAGCCUUUUGCCUUCACCUUUUUGGACUCUAAAGAGCGGAAGGUAUGGGGUGAAGGUGCUGCAAAUAGUAUUUUACACAUUUUGGUGGAGGAGUAAAGUCUGACAGAGCCGAACGAUGGAGAAAAUAAAACUGAGAAAGCCAAGAGAACUUGGGAAAGGCCAGAGCACGCCCUGUCUUUGUCUCUCUCUGUCUCAGAACUACACUUCUCACAACUGGCCUUCACCAUCAAGGCGACGUUUCAGGAGGGAGAGAGAUGCGUGGAGCAGAGAGCAAUGGAGGAGCAGGAAGUUCUACAAACGUGAUGUGUUGUCGUGGUUCUUGAGGCCUAACAGCCUUUGCUCAGACGCCUGACUGAUGCCUGGCUACGACUACUGUACACCGAAACAAAGCUGGAAGGAGGAGUCCAUCCCUUUGUCUCUGCUCUGAAACAGAAGUGUUUAAAGAAAAACAAAUUACUAAAAAGCCAGGACCCCCUCUAACCCUUACAUGCCAAGCUAUGCCUCCAGAAAAUCAAACUUGAACAAUGAAGAACACGUUGAAACUUUACAUGAACAAUGACAAAAAAGGGAGAACAUCAACUUUAUCUUUAAUCUCUUUUGUUUCAAAGGGACAGAAACAGGAAGCUCCGCCUAUACUGCAAAAACCAGCCAAUCACAGUGCUGGCUGAUAUUUGAUGAGUUUUAUCAUCUCUGUUUACUGUUAUGGAUUCACUUGAUGCUGAGGGAACUGCUGUGACAUCACUUCCUGUCAAGGUAGCAUUAGCAACAGGGAGGAAGGACGGGCUCAGGUAACAAGAGAAGGGGGUGGAACUCUGUUUGGAUCCUCUUUCCUCCUCUGUUACUCGACCCGGUGUUUGAAGGAUGAUGAGCUGACAGGAAAUGACAUCACACAGCUGAAUGGGGCGGAGGAGAGGAAAGGAGGGAUGGGGGAAAAAAGACUAAUUUCUUCAGAAUUACUUCUAUCGAUUUCUUCUCCUUCUUGUUCUACGGACAUUGAAGUUUGGUUCUUCUGUUGCAUUCGCUCAGCCUCCUUUGACCUUUUUCAGAGUCCAAAAUUUGAUGGAAAUCUGCAUGACUGAUUAAAAUACAUAACUAGAGAGGAACUUUAAGUUGUGUGGGUGGGACUUGGGGGCUUUAUAGGAAACUUUAGGUUUACAAAAGAAGUUAUCUUCUUUCCGUCGCUCUCUCUCUCGCUCUCUCUCUUUCUGUGACUUUGUCUCUCGUUUACUUGUCAAAAAAGUCAUUUAACUGGAUUAUUUUUUACUAAAAUGAGGCUUCGACACUCAGCUUGUUUUUGUUUGUCUCAACCUUCUGUGGAAAUCUCCAUUUCUGCAACUUAAGAGACAAUAAAAUAAAGAAAAUUACCCUGCAGGGCUUGAGAAACAAGAGGGGGAGAGAGAGGUUAGAAGGAACUUCUGCCUCACUUCAUUUAUUAUUGUUAAUGAUGACAGAUAUGAAUAAUGAUUUUAAUGCCAAUGCAAAAUGAUAGUGAUGAUGAUGAUGACACUGGUGAUGAUUGACUGAAUGAUAGAUUUUUUGCUGUGAACUUGCUGUCAUGUUAAUUGGAGUUCAGAUAUGCUGUGUUCAUCUCGUUUGCAUCUUUGCCGCUGGUGUCCCCUGCUCUACGACGUUUACUUGGGUUUGCGAUGCCUUCGGGCAACAGUACGUGGCAACGAGAGAGCUUUGGAACGUCCACUCAGUAGCGUUGCGUGUUGUAACGCAAUGCUUAAGAUAUGUUUUCUUCCUCCAGAUUAGUAAAAGCGGAGGUAAGGGGAAUCUCAGUAUCUGGGUCAGUUCUCCUGUCAAGCCAACCCAAAGAUCUGUAACUCGUGUUCAGAGUGAGACGUGGAUCCGCGCUGAUUUUACAGAAGUUCACUGAGGUUGACUUUCUCCUAUUUCUGUCCCUUCAAAAAAGAAAGAAAAUGAGCACAGCGUGGGGGGUACAGGGGCACAGGGUACAGGGUCGGCGUCUUUGAGAGGGCAGUUAUCAUCUCUUACGAAUCCCUGCUUCUCUGGUCGUUGCAAAAGACACAAACCUAAUUAGUGGUCAAGAAAUCAUAGCUAUACCCAGAUGCUGACCACCACUCCACACACACACACACACACACACACACACCCCUUCUCUCAGAUCAACCCUGCCCAGUCAAGUAAGUCUGUAGCAAAGCUGAAUCCUUUUUCCACCAAAAGGACAGAACACAUCUGCAUCCACUGACCUCUCGUUUCAUCUGUCUUCAUUUCUGUCCAUUUGCUUCACAUCCUUUACUAAAACUAAAAAGCAUUUCACAGAGCAGAAUCACUGAGAAUUAUUAAUGUUAUCUUUAUUACAAAGGAUAGUUGUUGAAUGAUCUUUAGGUCAAAUUAUAAAAAUCAGAUAACAAUACAAUUGCCUUACAUGGAAAUCUAAAUAGAAUAAUAUAUAUGUAGUUUAUAAAGAUACAAAGUAUAAUUAAAUUUAGGAUAAUUCUAUAUUUUGCAUACUGAUGAUGAAAAAGCUGAGCUUACUUUAUAAAAACAUUCUCUCUGCAUUAGCAGGAGACAGAAACAACCUCCAGCACGCUUUGGGGCUUUAUGCAGACCUCAUUAGCAUCCUCGUAAGAGGAGGAAGUGCAGCGUUGUGGUACUGUUAAAGAAAUUCCUGAAACAGAAGCUGCAAAUCUGAGACGAUUUAAUGACUGACACCACUUUUGCACACAUCACCCAACAUCACUCCCACGGUAUGUCUGUUGCUGAUCUCUUUUCCCCUGCACAAAUGUGUCUGCUACUCUGAUGUGUGUUGCCUGCCGGCCAAGGUUGUUAGGCUUAGGGAAGAUGGGAUUUGGAGAUGUUGGGUGUUUUUGCUGAAUAUGAAUCUGGUGGAAGUGAAAGAGGUGCUUACCAGAAAAUCCUCCGUCCCCACCUUUCAUAAUGAGAAGCAUUCAGCGGGUGAGUAGUCUUCUCCAAAGCCCACUACAGAGCCACAGUGCCUUCUGUAACCGAGUCACGUUCGUCACCUCCUCACCUCCGACUCUGCUCAGUGCUCAUUCAUCUACCCCCCUCCUCAUCCUCUGUGUUACACUACGCCUUAAAAUCAAAUCUCACUGGCUCCCGUGCUUGUGUAGAGAUGGGGGGAGUGUGGAUUUUGAGACUGGGCUACCGUCAGGAAGGAGUCAAAUGGCUAGGGAGACCAAGAUUUAGUUUUAAAUGGGCUAGACUAUUUAAAUCCACCAUUCAAAGACUCCGAUUUUUUUUUAAACAACCAAAAUUCUAAUGAAAUCCUCACCGUUUGAAUCAGAGCCUUGAGGUUUUGGCCCAAUGGCUUUAUUUCUGGAUCAAGCUAACUGGUUAGCGCUUUUGGCUUUUGCAUGGCACCUAUUUUGAGUCCAAUUUAAAGCAGUGCAGUGCGAGUUUAGAGGUGGAAAGCUGUUUGAUAACUUCUCAGGUCCCUCUAGAGUUAGGUAGCGAGUUAGAAUACACAGAGGAGAAACAUGGAGUCAGCACUCGGCAUGAGGUGUUGUAUGGUUUCACCUGGCACGGCGUCAGACGUAACGUUGAUUUCACCUUUCACAGUCCCACAUGUCUUCAAUAACAGCCUGCCAAAUGCACCAAUGCUCAACAUGAGGCAUGUUGACAGACUGGCAGGUACAAAAAAAAACUAAUUUCAUUCUUCCUUCAUGAAUCCACCUGCUUGUCCAGAAUUGUAACAGCAGAUCCAAAAUGGCCGACACAACACUGCUUUGUAUGACAGCAUGUUGUGUGUGCGUUUGUGUGUGUGUGCUUUCCAAAACACAAAAAAUGUAUCCCAUUGUUUAAAGAAAAUAAGUGAACAUCCUAUAUUUGUUUUGGUUGAUUGCGAGGAUUUUGCUGAGUCAUCACCUGUUUCUGUAUCUGCUUUCUGUCUCUGUCACCUUUUGCUGUUAAUAUCUGACCUUUUUUCCCCUUCCUUCUUCUCUUUGGGACGAAGGAGAAAAACUAACAAAUGCACCACCCAUCCACUCAGCCGGCUGUGAAAUUGUGUCAGUGGGUCAGUUGUGAGGUGACGUGUCAACAAAAAGGGCUCUUUUAAUGAAACAAAAAAAAAACAUUCACAGUGGGUAUUAAUGUACAGUAGUGCUGCCAAAAGUUGUGCUUAUAUAGCUAAAGCCACGCUGUGAUCUCCCCUUUGUACAGCACUGUGUGUGUGUGUGUGUGUGUGUGUGUGUGUGUGUGUGUGUGUGUGUGUGUGUGUGUGUGUGUGUGUGUGUGUGUGUGUGUGUGUGUGUGUGUGUGUGUGUGUGUGUGCGUGUGCGUGUGUGUGCGUGUGCGUGUGUGUGCAAGGGGGCGGGAGUUUGGGGGGUGAUGAGUGGCUGAUGUGGGGGUACUGUUUGGGAUGGGUGGGGGGUGCAGCAGCAGCAUAGGUUUAGUGGUGUUAAUACACAAUUUCACAAUGGCACUGAACCACUUUGCACGCUCAUCCUCACAGCCCAUUUUUCACCUUCAAUCCACCCUCAUUUAGUCGAACUGAGAGGGGGCGGGGCCUCUGCUGCGAUGGCAAGACAUUUACUGUGUGUAUGUGUGUGUGUGCGCGCGCGUGUGUGUGUGUGUGUGUGGGUGGGCUGAGGCUGAAACCAAUAAAACAAUAUACAUUUUCUUCCUGUUUAAAGGAAGUUGUUUCUCCUCACUGUUGCCUAAAACUUGCUCGGGAUAGGGGAUUAUGUUAAAGUCUAAAUUUAGUGUGUGUACAUAUAUAUAUAUAUAUAUAUAUAUAUAUAUAUAUAUAUAUAUAUAUACACAUACAUACAUAUGUAUGUGUAUAUAUAUAUAUAUAUAUACACAUACAUACAUAUGUAUGCAUGUACAGGUGCUGGCCAGUAAAUUAGAAUAUCAUCAAAAGGUUGAAAAUAUUUCAGUAAUUCCAUUCAAAACGUGAAACUUGUACAUUAUAUUCAUGCAAUGCACACAGACCAAUGUAUUUCCGAUGUUUAUUAUGUUUAAUUUUGAUAUUUAUAGGUGACAACCAAUGAAAACAUCAAAUCUGGUAUCUCAGAAAAUUAGAAUAUUCUAAAGGCCAAUGAAAAAAUGUUUGUUUCUCUAAUGUUGGCCAACUGAAAAGAAUGAACAUGAAAAGAAUGUGCAUGUAUAGCACUCAAUACUUAGUCGGGGCUCCUUUUGCCUCAAUAACUGCAGUAAUGCGGCGUGGCAUGGACUCGAUCAGUCUGUGGCACUGCUCAGGUGUUAUGAGAGCCCAGGUUGCUCUGAUAGUCGUCUUCAGCUCCUCUGCAUUGUUGGGUCUAGCGUAUUGCAUCCUCCGCUUCACAAUACCCCAUAGAUUUUCUAUGGGGUUAAGGUCAGGCGAGUUUGCGGGCCAAUCAAGGACAGGGAUACCAUGGUCCUUGAACCAGGUGCUGGUGGUUUUGGCACUGUGUGCAGGUGCCAAGUCCUGUUGAAAGGUGAAGUCUGCAUCCCCAUAAAGUUGGUCAGCAGCAGGAAGCAUGAAGUGCUCUAAAACUUCCUGGUAGACGGCUGCAUUGACCCUGGACCUCAGGAAACAGAGUGGGCCAACACCGGCAGAUGACAUGACACCCCACACCAUCACUGACGGUGGAAACUUUACACUGGACCUCAUGCAACGUGGAUUCUGUGCUUCUCCACUCUUCCUCCAGACUCUGGGUCCUUGAUUUCCAAAGGAAAUGCAGAACUUGCUUUCAUCAGAAAACAUAACUUUGGACCACUCAGCAUCAGUCCAGUCCUUUUUGUCCUUGGCCCAGGCGAGACGCUUCUUGCGCUGUUUCAUGUUCAAGAGUGGCUUGACACACGGAAUGCGACACCUGAAUCCCAUGUCUUUCAUGAGUCUCCUCGUGGUGGUUCUUGAAGCGCUGACUCCAGCUGCAGUCCACUCUUUGUGGAUCUCCCCCACAUUUUUGAAUGGGUUUGUCGUCACAAUUCUCUGCAGGGUGCGGUUAUCCCUAGAGCUUGUACACUUUUUUCUACCACAUUUUUUCCGUCCCUUCGCCUGUCUGUUAAUGUGCUUGGACACAGAGCUCUGCGAACAGCCAGCUUCUUUAGCAAUCACCUUUUGUGUCUUGCCCUCCUUGUGCAAGGUGUCAAUGAUUGUCUUUUGGACAGCUGUUAAGUCAGAAGUCUUCCCCAUGAUUGUGGUGCCUUCAAAACAAGACUGAGGGACAUUUUAAAGGCCUUUGCAGGUGUUUUGAGUAAAUCAGCUGAUUAGAGUGGCAGCAGGUGUCUUCUAUAUUCAGCCUUUUCAGAAUAUUCUAAUUUUUUGAGAUACCAAAUUUGGAGUUUUCAUUAGUUGUCACUUAUGAAUAUCAAAUUUAAAUGUAAUGAACAUUGGAAAUACAUUGGUCUGUGUGCAUUGCAUGAAUAUAAUGUACAAGUUUCACGUUUUGAAUGGAAUUACUGAAAUAUUUUCAACCUUUUGAUGAUAUUCUAAUUUACUGGCCAGCACCUGUAUAUGACACACAGAAAAAUAUAGGAAGCAGAAAUUAACUUCUGCACUUUGCUAGGAUGAGUUUAAUCAGAGCAUUGAUUAUUUGCUUCAGCUUUAGUUUUGUGUGUGAGUGAAUUGUACCUGUCAGUUCAUCCUUGUGUGUACAAGUGUGUCCUCACAACAUCAGCUACAGUAGGGAACCCUCAGUGCCUUACACUGUACAGGACAUGAUUAUUUUCACCACCUAACUUGAUCACACCCAAUAAAAGUGUCAUCUCUUCCGACUCACCUAAGCCUGAAUGGGUACAGGAUGAGACGAGUGUGUGUGUGUGUGUGUGUGUGUGUGUGUGUGUGUGUGUGUGUGUGUGUGUGUGUGUGUGUGUGUGUGUGUGUGUGUGUGUGUGUGUGUGUGUGUGUGUGUGUGUGUGUGUGUGUGUGUGUGCAUAAGUGAAUUGUUUCGGAGUGGGGUUUGGUUAAUAAUCAUGUGAUCUGUCUCACCCAUCCUCUCCCCAUUUCCCAUACCACCUGAUGUAUAUAUGGCUCUGUAAUUCCUGUGUAAAUGUUCCAUAAAGUUUCUGAAAACGUUCCCGUGUUCAUCAUCAUUCAUCCGUCUCCUGGCUAUGAUUCAUUCUCUCUCUCUCUCUCUCAUUCCAGCGCCUUGUUCUGCUUGUGCCACCACAUUGUUAGUGUAAUACCAUCUGUAAACACAGGGUUGCAGGAUUUAGCCUUCGUUGUCACCGUCAGUGCAAUGGAGAGGAGUGAGUGAGUUCAUGUGUGGGUGUGUUUUUUCUGUGACGGUCUGUCUGCAGCAUGACGAAGUGUUCUAGUAAAUUAUUGGAGCCGAGCAGAUUUUAGGACUGACUCAUUUUGACUUCUCUCUAAUCACACAUAUUUAAUAUUUUUAGCAUUUGAGAAACAUUUUUGGCUUACGUGUGAUUUAUUGCAUUAAAAGUUAUUUGCUGACACUUCAAUUAAACAUAUGCGUUAUUUUGCAAAUGGUUUUUUAUUUCCAAAUCCUGAAACAUGUUUGGCUCGUGUGCGUUGAUGACUUCGGUGUCUCUUACUGUUGCAUUGCAUCGCUGUAGGCCCCCACUCACUCUCUUUCUGUGUUUCCAUCCAUUUCUCUCUUUUUCUCUCUGUCUCUUUAUUUUUUCAUCUCCUUUUAGAGACAAGUUGCUUCAAGGGAUCUGUUGCCAGCUUUUUAGCACCCAGGAACCUUCAAACCAGGGACGUCACUAGAAUUGAAAGACAUGGGGGGGCUUAGCCCCCAGGGUUGUAGGAAGGAAAAAUAUUAAUUUUCGAUUUUAUUCAUAAUGUUGCUAAAUGUACAAGAUCUCUUACAAUAUAUAUUGUAUGAAAUGUAUGGAUUUAUAAUUAUAUAUUUUUAGGGGGAUUGGGAUAAUUUUGGGAGGGCCCAUGCACCCAAAAUAGGCCAAAUGCUGCAAACAGAAAUAUUUUAAAGUAUCUGACAAUGCCAAAUGGUUUCAAAGUCAGAUUAUUUUUAAAAUCUUGGACAUAUUGAUUAAGUUUACAUGACGUUUUCUAAUUUUUGAUGCUUCAAAAAAUCUUUUGAUGUAAUCCCCAAAAAGUGAGGGACAUAACAGGAGUUUAGACUCCUUUGGUAAAACUUAAGUCAUUAUGCUACAAACCGAAAAAAAAUUAAAUAAUUCAUAACAAACUGUUAUAAUGCCAUCAUCCAAUAGUAGGACCAAACAGUUCAAUUUAAUUCACAAACCAACUGGGAGAUCUCUGUGAAGCAACUGUAGACCAUUCAUUCCAUCAUUAUUCACACCAUCUGACACUCAACCCAGUAGAAGCCGAACCAGUGCCACACUAGAAAACCAUACAGGAUUCACUCAGCAAGUUGGAGGCAAAAGGGGAAAACAUAACUUAAAUGGCAAUUUAAGAUAAAAGAGACGUAUUUAAUUACAGAUUUGCAUGUGCAAUGUGCAUGCCACUAUGUGGGGUAACAAGUCAACUUCAGGAACUAAAAAAAUAUUAAAUAUAAAGAAAAAAGGAUAUAUAUGUAAAAAUAUAUAUAUAGAGAUAGAUGUUUUUAAGAGCAGUGUGUUUCUUUUUUCUUCUAUUUUUAAAAACAAAAAAUGUAAAAAAAAUUAAAAUAAAAAAUACUGACCCAAAAAAAGAAGAAAACAAUAAAAAAAAAUAUCAUGAAAAAACAUGGCAAUGAUUUGAUGAAAUGAAUGAUGAAAUCCAAGAAUGUUUGUAACAUUUGCCAGUUCUUUCACGGGGAAUAAAACCGUGGGGCAACAAAGAUAGAUUACACUUUAACUAACAUUAUCGGGGGCAAAAAUAUCAGAGGAUUUUAAAUAAAGGGGGACAACGCAUACAUAACCUUUCUUUGAUGAAAACAAUCCCUUUGAGAGUAAAGAUUGCCUGAACCUGAAUCUGGUGAUGUUAUUCCCAUUUAUUCUGGCUAUGAAGUCCCUUCUUUUUCUCUUCUCUCGUUUUCUCUCUUUCUCUGACCAUCUCUUUCUCUUCUUCGGUUUCUUUCUCUAUCCCGCUGUUUCUAAAGUGCAUUUUGUAAUCUAAAACUGAAUUCUUCCUAAAGAACCAGAAUAAACCAGAGAGAAUGCAUCAUA